AUGUCUUUCGAAUCUGUUGCUUUACAACAAAAUUAUGAAAUUGAAAACGAUUUGACAUUCUUGGUCGAUCCUAAAAGUUCGGAAAGUGUCGAUUAUGUGUUUAAGGACGAUGAAGAAUUUGAGGAGGAAUUGUUGCAUGAUAAAUCAUUUAUGUCAAAUAGUUCUGGACCAGAACCAGAAGUUGAUACACCGACAUCAAGUCUUAUAGAUGAGAUUGAAUUUACUGAUGGAUACUUUAAGCGAGAUCUGUUACCAAUGUUAUCAAAGGGCCACGAAGGUGAAUUGUGCCAAUAUCUUAAAGACAUCGGAGUAUUGAAAAGUUCCAUGAAAUGUGCUACAGAUUCCUGUGAAGGCACCCGAAUGUCCUGGACAUCAGCCAGAGUCGUCGAUAAAUACCAAUGGUCUUGUACAAAAUGCAAAAAACGUAAAAGCAUCCGCGAAGAAUCGUUUUUUAAAGGAAUGAAAUUUGUAUUGCCGAUUGUUUUGAGAGCCAUGCAAGGGUGGUGCGGGAAUUAUGAUCCUGAAGAGCUCGCUCAAAACAUGGGUUUGAAACCUUAUGCAUUUCGGCAAGUUUAUGCAGCCUGCAGGGAAGUUGCAGCAAAGCAUAUACAAAAUGUUUUGUCGAAUGAAAUUUUAGGAGGUUUCAAUACAGUUGUGAUAUUAGAAGUUUGGUCUUCGGGUUUGAAAGGUGCUGUUGUCCCUAUCGCUGGCCUGAUAGAGUUAAAGGACAAAAAAAUCAAAUACUUUUACCAGCCCUUAAGAUACAACCAACAAUGUUCGUAUACCAAAGAAGAGCCUAACACUGAGGACAACAAAUCAAAAAUUAUUAACAACGAGCAAAAUAAAUCCAACAUUAAAAAACUUUUAGCAAAAGUGCAGGAGAACGAAACAAAUAACAAUACGUUUGCAUUUAACGCGAAUAAAAAAAGAAAAAAUUCCGAUAGCAGCAAUAGUGUUGAUAGUUGUAAACGAUUGAACUUCCAAAACGAAAAUGGACUUGUUGAGGAUGGUAAAAUUAAAAGUGAAGAAGUUAAAACUGAAAUCAAGGAGGAGAGUAGUGUUAUAUUAAAUCACGUACAAGACGGCGACAUCAAAGUUGAUUCCGAUAAUGCCUCUAUUAAAACUGAAGUUAAAAUGGAAAUUGACGGUGAUCAACUAUCCAACGAACCACCACCAAACACGCAGAUUUCUGAUUCUGACACCAAACCAACUCUUGACACCAAACCACCGACUCCUAAUCAGUCUCCAAAACCUUCUUCGAAACCAAGACCGUCCAGAUCGAGGUCCCAAAAAGACUUGACGGGAGAUUUGCAGACUUUAAUCAAACAAAAAGUGUCCCAGGGUUCGUUCCUGGUUCUGGGAAACGGAGUCACGUCGACUGUUGCCAGUAAUCUGAUGAGAUCCGAUUUGAAUAUGAAUGCUGUCAAGACUUUGGACAUGAUCAGGAAGGUGGAGAUGAAGGAUAAUCCACUUGCUGAUAUUAUAACUCUACUACUCCAAAGACCAUCAGAAGUAAUCAGUCUGGCUCGUGAGAUUCCCCGGUCACAACUUCAGCAAUUUUUAUGGAUGCACCUUUGGUACGACACUUAUGCCAGCAACAAAAACUAUACAAACAACAACAGCAGUGGUUACGAUAACAACAAUUUACCAGGACAUAAAAACAAUGUGAGUGAUAACACUUUGGAAGUCUUAUUGCAUCAGAUUGCAUCCACCGACUAUGGUGCUGAUGCAGAAAUCAUUAGCGAUUGUAAAAACUCGAUUGAGAUUAUUUUGAAUGAAGAUUCGUAGAUAGAAAU